AUGGAAGAAUACUUUCAAGCCACUAAGAUCCUCAUGGACAACACACAUGCUGCAAAGGAACAAAUUUGUGAGCGAACUGGACAUGCACUGGAUCUCACAAUCAUUGUUCUGCUAAUUGUGGCGGUCGAGCAAAUGGAAACUCUCGCUAUGGCAAUAGACAACUUAGCUCUAGUCAGCCAUAUCCUAGCUACCAGAAUCAAGGACAGCAGAAUGGUGGAAAUCGUUAUCCACCAAGACCUACAAACAACUAUCAAGGAAGACCAAGUGGCAACAACCAAAACCACGGGAUGCUUUGUUCCAGAUGGAACUGUCCCAGUAGAGGACCCAGGCAGAAUGCCUCAAGGCGGAAUGUCUUCUGCCAUAGAGCAGCAUGCUGAAGAUCAGCCAGAACAAGAACAAAAUGAUCAAUACUUUGUCCGAGGCCAAUUCGUUCAAUUGCAUGAACAAAAUGAAAUAUAUCCUCCUCCUGAAGAAUUGUAUCCUCCAGACAAAUCGUAUCCUCCACAAGAUGAUCAAGGCUAUUAUCCUUAUGGUGGUGUUGAGCAUUAUUCCUAUGAAGGUUACUGA